AUGAAAGUGUUUACGUGUUAAGAUAUCGAGCAUGAAGGAGAAACUAUUUAAGGAUUCUGUUUAAAUGCAAGAUGUAAAGAUUCAAAACCUCAGUUCUGUCUAUAAUGUGGAUAUGAUCCUAAGAAACACCCUAAUUGCAAGAAAGAUCUAAAAGGAUUUGAUUAAAUUUAAAGUUUUAUCACGAAAUUCAAUUAGAAUAUACUUGAUUUAGCAACAUAAUUGAAUAAAUCCUUUGCACAAGUGAAAAUAAAAUAUGAAGAAUUCUCAAUAUAAUUGGAGAAUAUGAAAAUAUAAUUAGUUAAGAUUUCUGAAUGUUUUAGCCAAUAAGAUUAUUCAUAAAUGAAAGCCAAUUUGUAAGUGAUAAAAGAAUGGUAUCAAUAUUUAAAUAAUUAAGAGGAGAUCAUGAAGUAGAAUUAAAUUGGUAUUUUAUAUAAGUAAUAUUUAUAGGGACUUAAUUAGUUAGAAUAAAAAAAAUGAUUUAGGCUUUGGAUUUAGGCUUUGGAUUUAGAUAAAGGAGUAUAAUAAAUUAUAGAUAAUAAACAAGAUAAUAACAACCCUCUCUACUAAGGUAUUCUAGUGUUUUUAAAUAAAAUUAGGAAUAUAAUUAUUAAAUUAGUAGAAAUGGUAGGAGGCUAAUGAAAAAAUUACUGAAUACAUAGAAUUAUCAGAAAAAUAAUAAUCGUUGGGAACUUUCUUUAAAAGUAUUUUUGAUUCUUUUAUAUAUAAUUAGGUAUUGCUUUAAUUGAAAUGUAAUAACCAGGAUAAGGAAUGAUUAUGAGGGAAUAGGCGAAAAAGAUUAAUAAUAACUUGUAUAGAGAUCUAUUAGAUUAUUCGAAUGAAUAAUUAAGGAAAAACCCAUAAAAUACAUUUAUUUUAAUCGCAAAAAGUAAUUGAAAUAUUAAUUUACAUAGGCUAUACAUUAAACGAAGUAAAGUAAUUCUAAUAGGCUAUUGAGUUAUGCGAAUAGGUUUUAAGAGAGGAUCCUUAACAUCUUCAUGCUUUAUAUACAAAAAGUAAUCAUUUAUAUUAAAAAAUAGGCUUUUCUUUAGAUGAAUUGAAACAGCAUUCAUAAGCAAUUGUGUUUAUUGAUGUAGCUCUAAAAUUGAAUCCAUAGUAUAUUAUUGGUUAUUUUAAUAAAGGUUUAAAAUAUCUUGAUUUAUUAGGAAGAACCUUACUUUUUCUAAAGUAAUAUAGCGAUGCAAUUGUCUGCUAUGAUAAAGCAAUCCAAUUAGAUUCCACUUAUGCAAUGGCCUAUAUGAAUAAAGGUUUGCAAUUUUUUAAUUGUAUUAGGCGUAGCUUUACAUAAUCUUAAAUAAUAUGACGAUGCAAUGGCUUAAUAUGAUAAAGUAAUCCAACUAGAUCCCACUUUCGCAAUGGUCUAUAUGAAUAAAGGUUUGCAUUUUUUUGAUUAUAUUAGGUUUAGCCUUAGAUAAACUUAAAUAAUAUAACGAUGCCAUGGCUCACUACGAUAAAGCAAUCCAACUAGAUCCCUCUCAUGCAAAGGCCUAUUUGAAUAAAGGUUUGCAAUUUUUUUGAUUUUUUUAGGUUUAGCCUUACUAAAUUUUCUUCAGAAAUAUAACGAUGCAAUUGUUUACUAUGAUAAAGCAAUCCAACUAGAUCCCACCUAUGCAAAGGCCUAUAAAAAAAAAGGUUUGCAAAAUUUUUGAUUGUAUUAGGGGAUGUAUUAAAAAUAAUCAAGAAUUACUCUUUAGCUUUAAAGAAUUAUGAACAGGCAAUCUUAAACUGUCAAUCAGAUUAGGAGGAAUUUAAACGUUUAAUUGUGGAAUUAAAAAAUCAAAAAUGA